AUGAGAGCAGCAACCUGUCUUCUCUUGUGCCUCUUCCUUUCCGUCGUCGACGGAGCGGUGCAACUCGCACGACAAGGCCGCGCUGUUCAAGAUCAAGCAAAGCUUCGGCAACCCUUACCUCCUCGCCUCCUGGCUGCCGGACGCCGACUGCUGCACCAGCUGCUCCCCGCCGCGAUCGGCGACCUCCCUUACCUCCAGACCCUCACCUUCCGCAAGCUCACCAACGUGACCGGUCCGGUCCAGCCCGCGAUCGCGAAACUCAACCACCUCAAGUCCCUCCGGCUCGACCACCUCAACCUAACCGGUUCGGUCCCCGUCUGGCUGUCGACCCUGAAAAACCUAACCUAUCUGGACCUCUCGUUCAACUCGCUCACCGGUUCGAUCCCCGGACAGCUCGCCGACCUGCCCAACCUCGACGCGCUCCACCUCGACCGGAACGGUCUGACCGGCCCGAUCCCGGACUCGUUCGGCCGGUUCGGGGGGAAAUUCCCGUCUCUGUUCCUCUCCCACAACCGGCUCUCCGGCCAGAUCCCGGCCUCCAUGGCGAAUUACAACACCGAUUUCUCGAUCGAUCUGUCGAGGAACCAGCUGCAGGGCGACGCGUCGGUGCUGUUCGGGGCGGAGAAGAGCGUGCUGUUUGUGGACAUCUCGAGGAAUCUGUUCGAAUUCGAUUUUUCUAAGAUCGCGGUGUUUCCGCCAAACAUGACGAAUCUGGAUGUGAAUCACAACAGGAUCUACGGGAGCAUACCGGCGGCGAUGGCGGAGCUCGAUCUGCAGUUCUUGAAUGUGAGCUACAAUCGGCUCUGUGGGGAGAUUCCGACCGGCGGGAAGUUGCAGGGCUUCGAUUCGUCGGCUUACUUCCAUAAUCGGUGCUUGUGCGGCGCCCCGCUCGAUAGCUGCAAGUGA